AAAUGAUUCAGAUUUUUGACAAUCACACAUCCCCUGCUUUUGAUGAACUGGGCAGACAAACAGUGAAGGGUGUAUUAUAUGAUGGAGCCUGUGACCGGCACGAUGGAGACGCUCGCUGACACCACAGAAUACGACUACGGGACAGCGGACGCUGCCUAUGUGUGCGACAGCAACGGCAGCAACGACUUCGCCAAACACUUUCUGCCCCCGUUCUACUACAUCAUCUUCAUCUUCAGCAUUCUGGGAAACGGAGUCGUUCUGCUCGUCAUAUGCAAGUUCGAGAAGCUGAACACGGUCACGAACAUCUUCCUCAUCAACCUGGUGGCGUCCAACAUCUUCUUCACGCUCACGCUGCCGUUCCAGGCCAUCUUCCACUCCGACCAGUGGGUGUUCGGGGAGGCGAUGUGUAAGCUGGUGAACACCGUGGACCGUCUCGGCUUCUACAGCUCCAUCCUCUUCCUCACUCUCAUGGCGUUCGACCGAUACCUGGCCGUGGUCCACUGUGUGGCCGCUAGCAGACAGCGCAGGACCUUCUACGCCGUGGCUUUAUCUUCAGCGGUCUGGAGCAUUAGCCUCCUCGCUAACAGCGACACCUUCAUCCAUUUCACGGUUGAAGAGUAUUCGAGGGAAGGGUUAGUGUGUGAAGACUCGAGCGAACCCCAGUGGAAGGUGUUCGGCCUCUACAAGCAGUUCGUCCUGUUCUUCGUCUUCCCGCUGAGCGUGUUCAUCUACUGCUACUUCAGGAUCACGCUAACAGUCUUGUCCACGCGGAUGAGCGGGAAAAUCCGCACUGUGCGGCUCAUCUUCGUAGUCGUGCUGAUGUUCUUCCUCUUCUGGAGCCCGUAUAACAUCGUACUCAUGAUGAACGAGAACCGAGAUCCCGAAGAUUGUGAAAGCUUGCUUCAGUACGCUCUGUACGUCACCUCCAACAUCGCUCGCUUCUAUUUCUGCGUCAACCCCGUUUUUUACACCUUUCUGGGAAGAAAGUUCCAGAACCAUGUCCGAGGAGUGUUGAGGAAUCAAGCUUCGUGUUUAUCGAGCCAAACUACUCUCAGCGGGAGCAGCCGAACGCUAGCUUAAGAGAUUAGCAUUGCGCUGCUUUCAUUCCACGUGAAAAGAAAAAGUGAAAUGAACCAGCAAACGAGUGUUGAUGUUGAUUGAUGUAUACGUGAUAAAUCAUUGUGAUUUCAUUCACAUUCACAGUGAUAUGUGUUUCCCUUGUUUACUGAUUUGGAUUGCACUUUAUUUUAAGGUGUCAUUGUUACAGUGUACUGUAAUUUAUGGAAGCUUGUU